AUGAAUCCUCCAACAUUUUCAGAAGCAACUGAUCCUACAGUUGCUGAGAACUGGAUGCAUGAGAUAGAGAAAAUAUUGACGGUACUUCACUACACCAAUGAGCAGAGGGUCCUUUAUGCCAUGUAUAAGUUGGCAUGGGAGGCCGAGAGAUGGUGGAUGGCUACUAGAUUACUAGAGGAGCAAAGACCUAUACCAGUGCCUGUGACCUGGGCUCGAUUCAGAGACAUAUUCUUCAACAGAUACUUUCAUGCCACAUUCAGAGAGGCUAAAGUACAGGAGUUUCUGAGUUUGACCCAAGGACCGAUGACAAUUCAGCAAUAUAUGGCAAAGUUUAUAGAGCUGUCACGAUUUGCCCCACACAUGGUACUAGAUGAAGCUAAAAAGGUUGGGAUGUUCGAGAGGGGCAUGAGUCGAGACAUAUACAAAUAG